AUGCCGCUGACAGAAAAUGGCACCAAAAGAAACACGAGCCAUCCGGGGAAUCCGGAAAAGAGAGGCGGAGCUUCAGAAGACCAGGCGGGGAUCCGCCUAGCGACUCCGCCCCCUGAGGCCCGACUUCAACAAAGCAGUAAUCCACAGCCGCCCGAUUGUAAGAUCCGUCGAACACCCAACUGCAGUUCCCUUAAGUCAACGAUGGAGGCCCUAGGAUUAAGAUUCAAGAAGAAUCAUAAUGCCAAGGAGAGCAAAAUAGAAACAAAGGGCCCACAAGCCUAUGAGGAAGAUGGAAUGGGGAAUCUGAGAGUCACCAAAAAAGGAAUACGACUUGAAGGUGUAUCUGAAUUUCUACUUCCACUUUAUGUGAAAGAAAUCCAUUCCCGAAAGGAUAGCCCACUGGUCUUACAGUCUGACAGGAAUGUAACAGUGAAUGCACGAAAUCACAUGGGACAAUUAACUGGACAACUAACUGUAGGAGCUGAUGCUGUAGAGGCCCAGUGUAAGCGAUUUGAAGUGAGGGCAAAUGAAGGUGGAAAGCUGCUGUUUUCUGCAGAUGAAGAUGAGAUCAUCAUUGGAGCUGACAGACUCAAAGUAACAGGCACAGAAGGGGCAGUGUUUGGGCACUCUGUGGAGACACCCCAUAUCAGAGCAGAACCUUCCCAAGACCUCAAACUUGAAUCUCCAACUAGAUCUUUAAUAAUGGAAGCUCCCAAGGGAGUGCAAGUUAGUGCUGCUGCAGGAGACUUAAAGGCCACCUGCAGGAAAGAACUGCACUUGCAGUCCACAGAAGGGGAGAUAUUUUUAAAUGCAGAUACAAUCCGACUGGGAAAUCUACCCAUGGGUUCCUUUUCAUCUUCCUCACCUAGCUCUUCAGCUCCUCGACAGACUAUCUACGAGGUCUGCGUCUGUCCCAGUGGUAAACUUUACUUGUCCCCGGCAGGAUCAGGCUCCACAUGUCAAUCCAGUAGCAACAUCUGCUUGUGGAGCUGAACUGACUCCAAUUUUUCCUCACACCAGAAUAGCCUUUGUUACUGUCCCUCUGCUUCACAAUUCU